GCAGGGGUAUGUCAAGACAAGUAGAGACCCCCGUGGCCAAAUAUGGCAAAAGUAGUGAUUUUGGGAAAGUGUUGGAUUUCAUUCAAUCCAUGAUAAGCAACGAAACCCUUCGACAAGCCUUUGACAUUCCGCAUUUAGUCGUGGUAGGUCGGCAAAACAUGGCGAAGACAACCCUGAUAAACCGCCUGAUCGGGCGAUAUCUUCUGCCCAUGCGACGGGAUGAAACAGCCAACACCCUUCAGGCGCGGACCACGUGCCCCAUCAUACUGAACCUGCGCAAUGGACUGGAAGCAGCUGUAGAAGUAAAGUGUGAUGCAUACCCUGAUAUUGGAGGAAGAGUAGAAAAACCCACGGAUGAUGUGGUGGAGAAAUUCCUUACAGAAUUCUCUACCUAUCUUCUUAAAGAAGAGGGGACUCUUAUAUCCAAGACCCCAGUUAAAGUGACCCUUCAAGGUAAUAUAUUGAUCCAAAAGUAACUAAAAGUUAAGUUGCGUACAUUUACUCCACUGGAAAUUAUGUUUUCCAGAAACGAAAAGAAAGCGCAGUGAACCAAAAAAUAGUAAGAACGAGGAGGAAUAAAGUAAGAGAAGAGAAAUGGGUCAUGGUACAGUUGAUUUCAUAUUUGGCUGCAAAAAGUCUCAGUUACAAAACUUAGUGCCACCGUUGUUGUGCCAUCCUAGUUGUUUGUGAAAGGCCUUUAGUGUGGCCCAGAUCUGAAAUAACCCUUUUAAUCUGUCUGCGCCAGGUCCCGACCUCACGACCCUGACCUUGGUUGAUCUUCCUGGCGUCCAUUUCGCCAACAAUGAUCCUCGAAUGAACCACGCGACCCAAUCUCUUGUGUUAGACUACAUUGAGAAGAACACAAAGAGCAUCAUAGUGAUAGUGUCCGAGGUAGGGGACCUCACAGGAGACAAUGCUAUUAAUCUGGUCAUGGAAAAGGCUGCAGACUUUAGGAGCCGUACUAUCUGUGUACUUACCAAACCGGACAGGCUGAGAGAUUCCGAUGACAUGGGCCUCAAAGUAGCCUUGAAUCAGUCAAGUUUUACCCUGGAGGAAAACCGCUUUAUUUUGUUGAGAGGUAAGCAUAAGAUCAUGUUACGUUGUUGGUUGUUCUUGUUUUUUGUUUCUUUGUGGGGGGUGUUGUUGUUGUUGCUUUUCUUUUUUAUGCAAAAAGGGAACAGAAUACCCUACGAGUAGCCUCCGGCCGAGCACUCCUCGCAGGGUAGGGAAAUGAUUUACAUAUACUACUUGGAAGCUAACUGAAGAAGUAGCAGUUUUUUAAACAUCUGAAAGUAUAAUUUCUGUUUAUUGUAAAGGUCUCCAGUUAGUAUCAACUCAGUGAGCAUGGCAACUUUCAUUCUCUGGAACGACCCCUUUCAGCUACCUGGUUAUUUAAAAACACAUCCCUAAAGAUCCAAACUUAUCGUAAGAAAAUGUCAGUCAUUUUUUAUCUAAAUUUUUGACUGACAACGAGAUUUUCAUGGGCUUUGUGCAAAGGUCUCAAUAGGGUUAACCGUACACUUGACAAAAGUCGACCUCACGAGUUUCUUAGCGAGCGGAGCGAGCUUUUUAGGCGGCUAGCCUGCGUAGCAAGCGUUUCCAAUCGAGUUAUUGCGCCAAAGUUAGAGCGGAAGCUAUAAAAAAAGGUGCUCUCUUCCCAACUUUCUCGACGAACUCGCGCGGAAACGCUUGCUACGCAGGCUAGGCGACCGAGCGAGGGACGAAGUCGAGAGAGGUUCCGCGCCAUAUGAAAUCGGACAAAGGACUUUUUUGAAAGUCUAGGUUAACCGUUACGGGUCGUAAAACAGAUAUUUGAGGUAAAAAUGGAAGUUUGUAACCGUUAAUCGUAAAAAAGUUGACGGUGAAAAUGUUUUCUAGCCCCUAUUUUUCAUGAUGCGCGUGCAUGGCUUAUUAACCCUAUUUCGGUCGCAUUUUUUUUCUAUCUUAGGGGAAGCUGGGGGCCUAUUUCUCGAAAGGUCCGAUAAUGAACGGGCCCGGGAAGCUGUUGUUGUUUACAUGCAAGAUCGAUGUUUCAAUGGUUAUGCAGAUAAUAUGAUAAAACUAUCGGUUAACGCGAUACAAUUUGAAAUAGUUUGUUUGCAAGCGUCUUUUAGAAUAUUUGAUUUCGGGCCCAAAAAGUUACCGGGACCUUCGAGAAACGGAUCCCUGGAAAACUCCUUGGAAGCUAAAACCGAUGGAAAAUUUUAAACUUUUUUCACAAACAAUUGAGCUUUCUUCGUCAAAUAUCUACGGAACCCACCGCGGAGAAUAAAUCGUUUAUAGCCGCAAAAAAGGCAAAAUAUUUACCGUAAAUGCCUUCCCCCUUUUGAGACCCUCCUGUGUGGGUGCAUUAAAGAGGUUUCACUUUAUAUUGAAAUUAGAGUGUUUUUUUUUUCAUAUAACCCGUUUUCUGCUUGAAAUUGAAGUUUUUCUUAUAACAAUUAAUGUGAAACGAUUGGGAACAGGAAAAGAUGCAACCGACGCGAAUGAGAAAGACUGGGAUGCAAAAACGACUCGAUUGAAGGAGAGAGAGUGGUUCGAGCUUCAUCCCCAGUACAAAAGCAUCCUUCAUUUGUGCGGUAUUGACCGACUCAUGGACACUAUGAUCUCACUUCUGGCCGAGAAAAUGGGCAGUGAGAUUCCAAUUUUAGUGAACCAAAUGGAAGAGAGAAAGAAGAAGGUAGGGACACAAAAAUACAUCUCUGUCGAUUAUAUUCAGUUCCACAACAAGAAACAGUUUAACCUGUUAACAACAUACUUCACCGUUUGCGAUAGGACAUUAGGUACUGAAAAAUUGAUGAGUCUGCAAAUUUUAUGCAAAAAGGCUCUGGGUUAAGCCUUGAGGGCCUUCCUCUACAUCCACCUCAUUUCACAAUAAAUAUCGAAUAUAUAGGACUGAAAUUUCCUGAGGAAGCCAAUUUUGUGAUAUCCUUUCCUUUUCAGAAGUAACCUUUUAGUUGUAACUUACUAGUUACAAAUAAGGUUCAAAUGCAAAAAUCACCUACUUUGCAAAGAAAGUUUAAAUCGCCUCUUCAAGCGCUUUUAUUUCAUACAGGGCCGAGUUGUUCAAAGCUGGGUUAAGAUAACCCAGGGUAAGUGCGAAAUUUGAAUUCAUAUUUGAAAGCUUAAAAAGCUUUUCAGUUUUAAUUCUUUUUGCUACAAGUUGAUGAUUGGAAGCUCCAAAAUUAACAGAGAAAAUCAUCCGAGAAAAUGCUUUUGAACACAAGAAAAAGAAACCAGGGUUAAAUUUAACCCUGGGUUAAGCGCUAAUCGGCCUUUGAACAAAUGGGCCCAGAUCUAUUUUUGGUUUGUAGGUAGAUUCUGAACUGCAAAAGCUGUCCGAAAGCGAAGUACCAGAGUCCAGUAAUGAAAAAAGGAGGCUUGAGAUGAAAGUUAAACAUAAUCUUGUCACCCGGCUGAGGGACCUUCUCCAUAAAAACAGGUCUAAAAUUCGAGGAGGAGAACAAGUGAGAGCUUUGUUCAAUGAAUUCCACAAUGAUAUUUACAAGGUCAGUGAAAAAGAUAUUUUAUGAUAUAUAUUAAGUGGACAUAAAGGGUUGUUUUCCUUAUAUUUAAGCAGCUUUUCUUCUCUGCCAGAAUGAUCUCCACUAUAUUUUUUUUCGGUUUUCAAAAGGCCUCCAUUAAAUUGGGGUCUUCAGCAAACGUGGUGCUUGGGAAUUUUUGGAUCUUUUUAUAACUUUUUAAAAUAAAGAAAUACUGAAUAAUGCUUGAAUAAUCGAAAAGGGGACGUUUUAAGUUUUGAAUGAGACUGUCAUCAACAUUCAGUUUGAAGUGAAUUAUAAUACUUCUCGUAGACAAAGGUCAGUUAGUCCCCCAUCACACCAAGGGGCCUCAGUCGUGAAUCCGUUAGCGGACUUACUCAGGUUUUUUCAACAUGACAGUUUACCCUUUUCUUCCUUUUAUUCUCAACUCAUACUGUUUUCCAAAAUGGUAGCCAGAUGCCGUCUUAAGGCUACCUUUGAAGGACAUUGGAGCCCCAGUAGGCGAAUCCUUGUUUACAUUUUUUGCCUCAUUAACAUUUGCUUAUUAUUAACUGAUGAAGCUAAUAAAAUAACAUCUCUGACUAUUGAAAGAGUACAAUAAUUUCAGUUAUCUCUAUAAAUUUGAGCCGGAUAUACCCAAUAGUUUCGGAGAAAUUCUCUUUGAAAAAUCCCAAUUUUUACAAAGAAUGUGAGAGCUCAUUAACCUUUUUUUGCCACUCAGCAAUUUCGCUGUUUUUGAGUGCUGCUAUUAGGGACUUUAAGAUCCAACGACGCGGACGACAACGAGAACGUCAAAAAAACAAUAGGUUUAAUUAGCAAAACAACAACUUCGCACGUGCAUCACGCUUUUUUGUACAUUUCAUUCCCGUUUUUGCACGACUACGACGUGAACAUGCCUAAUUUUGCGUUUUAUGGAGGACAUAAACAAACAACGACGAAAUUUUAUUUCUCUUUCUGAGCUUGAAUUUGGUCCUUUGAAAUUCAGCUUCAGGAGGGUUCGCCUACAAUUGACAAAGUAAGAGGGUAUGAAUAAUCGCUAUAAAGACUGAAAGAACGCAAAUUCACUUUUUAAGCGACGUUCUUGUCGCCGUCGCGUCGUUGGAUCUUAAAGUCCCUAAUUCCUCAGGGGCACCCAACGUCAAUUUUCGGAAAAUAUCUGUUCGGAAGACGAUUUGAGAUCUAGAAUUUUCGGAACAUUUGUUGUAAAAUUUCUUGCUUGCCUGCCUCUCCUACGAUUUUCGAACAUCCAAAAAGUGGUAUAAUUGCCCAUUUUUAACGGAUUUUUACCCUAAAAGAUCAGCUAGAAUUUUCGGGAACCUUUUUUCUGGCUGAAAUUUUCGAAAAGGUAAGUUUUGAUCCCUAUAAUUUUCGGAUCACUAGACUUUCAGCUAGGAAAUCCGAACAGAUGAAAAAUUUUUAGGAGAUAAAAGUAUGCCUAUAUCUACCGUUUAAAUACUAAAAUACGUUUAACAAUGCUAUGUUUAAGUGGUUUUGAACUAUAUUCUCGUUGGGUGCCCCUGUUUCCUUUAUUAUUGAUUGCAAAGAGCUGACACUUGUACAAACUGCUCAAAUUGACCGGCUCUUUGAACUUUUGAACCUAACUGGUAUAUACGACGACGUCGUUUAUGGGUUACCUCGCUAAUGAGCAAAAAUGUAAACAAUGACGUCACUUUGAAUGAACGUCUCUUUAAUGAGGAUCUGAGUAUCACGAAUGAUGAUCCUCGUCUCAAGUACAUCUUUACAGCCAGUAAAAACCAUAACGGGAUGAAAAUGUCAUUUAGGGCGGACAUGCUCUGCCAAGAGAACAUAAAAGGCUUUUAUGUUCAGGCUUUUAUGUUCUCUUGGCUCUGCUAAUCCCUUUACUUCUAAGCCUUUCUCUCUUCUAAGCCCUUCUCUGAAAGAUUAAUCUACCAAAGUAAGAAAUUUUUCCCUGGUUAAGCUGUGAGCCAAAUGUGUGCAGCAACUGAGACCGGCGAAUAUAACCGGUGCCCCCUGUUUAAAGGGAACCUCGACUCUUACUACAGAAUAAGUUUAAAUCGAAUAAAAUUAUGUUGAUAAACAAAUUUGUUCGAAAUUUGUCUUAAAAAAAGUGUUUAUAUCAGGAAAAGUGAAUUUUAAAAUCGCUUAUUUUCACUUUCAAAUUUCGCGGGCGCCGCCAUCUUGAAUAAUUGUGACGUGUUACGGUUGCUCUAUUGUUCUGACACAAAGAGCUUUUGUUUAAUAACAAUAGGACAACCAUUACACGUCACAAUUAUUCAAGAUGGCGACGCCCGCAAAAUUUGAAAACAAAAAUAGGCGAAUCUAAAAGUUAUUUCUUUCGGAUACAAACGCUUUCUUUAAAAAUAUUUUAAAUUGACUUGACUGUUACAGUUAUUUCCUGUGAUUUAAAGUUAUCUUUUUGUUGAAGUGGAGGUUCCCUUUAAGCGUACCCAAUGCACCCAACGUACCAGUUCCGAGGCAUUCCGUCAUACCAACGGAAUUACACUUUAUCAUUAGGCAGAAAAAGAUAAUAAUUAUGAUCAAAGUUUCCGGUGGGGAUUUUUAAUUCCAAAAAAUCGGUAAAGCAGCAUACUUACAGUAAGUAAAAAAUUGUUUUAAAAGGCCAUUUGCACGAUGGCGUCAUUUUACUACUACGACCAGAAUCCUUUUGGUUUUUCCUUUCACAUUCAAAUUUGGUAAUCCCAGCGAGGUUUGAAUAACAAAAGCCUUAAUUUGCACAAGAAAGCAAACCCUUGAAGGAUUCUGGUCAUAGUAGUAAAAUGACGUCAUCAUACAAAUGGCCUUUUUCUCGUUGGAGUAUGCAUGGAGCUGACCCAAGAAAAUAGCCACAUCCCUGGCUUCAUUUGAAAUCAAGCAGGUUUUUCACCUGUUCGCCAAUUUUUCAGCAGUUUACCAACCACACUGGCUCAAUUAAAGUCAGAAUAACUAAUAUGAGGAGAAAUUUUCCAUGUAUUCUUUAUUUGCCUCGAAUUUCAUAUCUAGCUUUCAAAUAUUCGCUUUGCCGUUGUUUUGGUAAUUCAUAUUGAUAGUGAAUUUGCGUAAAGAGGUUUUAGCUCCGCAAAAAGGCUCGUGCCAUUUUAUUGUCCUUUGUCGGUUUAAGCUGCUUUGUGUCCGCUAAGUAAUAAUUGUAGAAAAACCAUCAGUGUUCCUUAGCAAAAAAAACUUAUUGAUCGUCCUCUUUUCAAUUACACACAUUUUACUUCAAUGUUGACUUUAAAAAGAAUAAUUAGUUUCUGAAUAAUUGUUAUUUAUCUUUAGUCUAUCUAUCGUGAUUUUACAGCAAGAUGGUGUCUACUCAUAGUAUCGCCUUUCGCACAAGUGUACCUCUUUUUAAUUGCAAUUUAGCUAUAUUUAUUUGCGAAUAUAUCUUUCAUUAAAAGUUGUUAGUUAAAUAGAGGCAAAAGGUGAAUUUUGAAUAUCAUAGGUUUUACUGUCUCGUAAUUUUUAAAAUAGAUCGGUUUUUGUUUAAGAUGCAUGAAAACUUGCAAUGAGUCUGCUCUUCCAGUGGCGAAUCCAGACCCUCAGAAAAGGAUGGGGGGCGGUCAUCCAGACCCUGAGAUAAGGGGGGGCGUUCUUAAAAUAAGGGGGGACCUCGCCCCCCGGGCCCCUCCCCUGGACAAACGCCACUGGCUUGUUACUGUUUAAACAGCCGAUAGCUGAACUUGCAUUUUCAUCCAUAAAGACUUGUUACAUAAACGCUGUUUUCCUGACCUGGCUAGGUGUUUGUUUCAGUACUUGUACUUUCUAAAAUAGCAACAGUAACAAAAGAUUUCACGUUAAAAAUAUAGUUUGUAUUAAGUUUUCAUUUAACUCUAAGCGAUUUCUGUUGAUAUUUCUAUUGUAUUCAAGUUAGUUUAACUUUUCCUCGAUCACAUUGUCGAUUACAUCGAGGAUUUCAGAGCUGAUUACAUUGCCGAUGUAGUACCUACAUCGUCGUUAACAUCGCUGAUUAUUACGCCGUGUCCUGCCUGAGUUAUUGCCAUUUGAUCCGCUGAAGAAUUAACGCUUUUGGAACCAAAGUUUAGUCCUGUUUUAUCUACUGCUGUACCAUUUAGUGGUUUGAUCCCGGUCCUACAGAGAAGAGACGGCUCUUUCCCGCAAGCGAGUUGCCAUUUGAGUCUAGUUUCCCCAGUUUUAUCGAGAGUUAAGCAAAGAGUUCCCGUUAAGCCUCGCAAAGUUUAGUUCUGCCUUACUACUGCUUUUCCUUCCGUCACACUAAAGCCAAACGGCUUGAAAAUCUUCUUCGUAUACAGGUAGACCCGUUGGUUCUGCAGGAUGAUGACGAGAUACGUAGGAGGCAAAGGAGUUUGGCGGGCGUAUUUGCCCCUCUCGGAGACAGCAGUGAAGACAGCCAGCUGCUUGAGGAGCUACUCUACGAGUCAUACACAUAUGAAAAGAAGACCCAGGGAAACAAGGGUAUGAAAACCACAGGGUUUACAGCUCUUGAUAGUUAUGUCAGUAAUAGACUAGUUAACGGGCAAGGUGAUUAAAUUUCAGACAGUCAGUUCAAAACGGUAGUAGAGUACUUUAUUCUUGUCAGCCCUGACACACGUUUUUCACAACAGCUCCAAUUCAAUUGCCAACUUCGCUAAAUAUUGGCAAAUUAAAUAACUCAUGUAGGUAUGUUCGGGCUUGCUGACCAUGAGGGUUACAAACAAACCUACUCUGUUGAACAUGAAAACAAGGCCUACAAAAUACUUCACAACACAUUUUAAGAAACUUCUUCACAAAACUAAUCAUACUUGUUUCUUCGUCCUUUCAAAUUUGUCAAAUAUGUUAUCCGGAUAUUUUCUGUGUAACUAUUGUAUCGUGAGUUUACAACAUAUUCGUUUGCAGAAGCUGUUCAGAUAAUCGAGGUUAAGAGUCCUGUUGAUCAACUGAUUCCAAUAACAGAAAAUCUUGUCAAAAACGUGGAGAAAACCCUACGAGAAAUAGUCCAGGGAGCGAUCAAUGAAAACUUUUCCAAGUUCCCCACCGCCUUGAAAGUGGUUGAAACGAACGUGGUGAACAAAAUUUUCAAAACCAAGCGAAAGCAGACGACUACAUUCAUCCAGCAGUUUAUUGAGAUGCAGAAAAAGAGUAUUGACAGAGUCUUCGGUCCUGUCCCGUUUCCAGAUGAGCUUAAAACCUGGGAUUCAACGCUUUUGCAGAAUCGUAAACCACAUCCCUGUAUGGAGUCUCCAAUGAUGUUUCACUUGAAGUCACUGGCUGAGAAGCUUUAUCCAGAAGGAAUGAUCAAAGAUAUUGAACGCGGAAAUAACCAGGGAAACUUCAAGGUCAGUAGUAAAUCAAAAGACUACGAUGAGUAAACUAACCCUAUGGCUUUUUGGCGCUCUUUCCUCUUCAGCUCGUGUUGCAAGGUCUUUUGUUUCAGAUCAGUGCAUGAUUAUGGACGAUAGCAUGACAUACUCUUUUUACGAUACUUAUACUUAAAUAUUUCCAGAUCUCCUAAGUUUGCGUCAAGUGACACGCGCUCAAUUUUCUCCAACUGCACGUCUGUCACCCCUAAUAAGUCCCCGACCCCCUUUUUCUCUUGGACAAUUAUACCCAAUCUACCUCUUCAGAGGGUUGUAGCAAGUCAUGGAUGGGCAACAACUUCCUAGUCCUUCGAUCUAAAUUCUGCAAUUCCAUCUUGUUCCAGCAACUCCAACUCCAUAUAGCAUCACUUGUUUCGUGUUUCUUCCACUCAGCUUGCACUUCACACCAAUUUUUUUUCCUUUAUUUUUUUUUUGCUUUUUGCUUUUUGCUUUUUUGCGUCUAUGGAAAUGUUUAUUCGUUACCUUGUCCUUUGUUCUAUAAAUCAUCAUACUCAAGAAACCCUAAGUACGGCCAUCCUCUUCUUUAGUGUUCACUCGGUCCUCCAUCAGCCUGAUCCACUCCUUCAAAUUCACAUUUAACCUUCUCAGCCUUCCCUAUUUUCAAAACCAGCACUCUUAAUUUGAUACAUAAUAAUUAUUAUCACCAGAAUAGCGUAAUGAAAUCCAAACGUGUUUAAUUUAGUUGUGACAAAAUUUAAAUUUGUCUCUGGGAGAGGGCGUUGACAGCUUUUCUUUCUUAGGAUCUCGAGGAUAUGAAAAAAACAAAAAAGAAUGUUGUGCGUUACUUCAAUGCGAUCAAAAUGAACGUCUGCGAUACAGUUCCUCGCUGCAUUCUUCAUUUUUUCAUCACUCAAUUCUUGGACGACCUUGAACACGCCUUGGAACAAGAAGACUUGGUCGAGUUCUUGAAAGAGAAGCAGGAAAUUCGAAACAGGCGUAUCCAGUUUCGGGCCGAGUCCGCCGCUCUAGAGGAAGCGCUGCCCCGCACUGAAGACGUAGUGCAAAUGUUGCUGCGCAUACAGGGCGGAUCGAGUGAAAGUGAGAUGCCGCAGUUUUAAGACUAACUCUAGUAACCAUGGCAGAGGGUAGAGUACCAUUUUGUUAUCUUUGUGUCAUGUUUUGUCCGUUUGAAAACAAAGUAGUAAAUAGCUUUAAGAAUAAAAUCAUUUUUCAAUCAUCGAGAGGAAGGGCAGAAAAUUAAUUGAAAUUAAAAAAAAACAUAAUCAAUAGAUCACUGUAUUUAUAUUUCCAAUCUAAAAAUCGUAUCUUUAAAUCGGAUUAUUGUUGCGAACGAACUCCAGAUUUUAUGAUUUGGUGAGAAAGCAACUGAAAUAUCGGUUUUAGUUGACAAUUAACUUUUCCAAGUGGUUACUUUUCAGCACAAAAAGCAAUUAAAGUUGGACACGCAAAGUGAACUACAAAAAGGGUAGGAGAAGGAUGAUAAGGUGGCUUAGAUACAAUAUAAAUAACCAUUAGUAGGACAAGUUGUUGAUAGGAAUGCCAGUCUAGAGAGAUUAAUACUGC